CCGCCCCUCAGGCCACACCAGUACCGUCUAAACUAAAAUGGGACAACUAGCCCUGUCUGUUGGUCCCCUGAGGCCUCACAGGGUGAAUGUCCAGAAAGCCCUGAUUCUGGCUAGCCCUUACGGUGGAUUUCCUAGACCCCACCCGCUGCAGGAUGCCCAAAGAAGCUGCAAAAUAGGCUCUCUGAAGGGAAGGAUUUCUGCCCCAGCAACAGGUGAUCAGCCUCCAGGAAGGCCAAGGAUUGGCUGGGCUGCAAAGCAUUCAAAGCACAAAAGGGAAACCUCGCAAGGCUUGCUGAAGGGAUCAAGGGAAUCCCCAACACUGUCCAGCAGUGACAAGGACAAGAGACCUCUCUCAGCACAUCCCUUCAAAAAAGAAAAUCCAAUGGAAUAUUGGAGUGUCAUUACCCCCAAACAUGCGGCAGCCCUGUCUUUAGAGGCUUUUCCCCUGGCACUGAGCAAACAGCUGGAAGAAGAGUUAAGUGGAAUGUCCACAGAAAGAGGAAAUAUCUCCGGAAAGCAAGAAGUGGAGCUAGGGAGAGGAGAAGGAAUUCUGAAGAGGAGGGAGGAUUCAGCUACUGCUGUGAGACUGGAAAAUGCUAUGGUUGGUGCUGGGCAAGACACUCCAUCCCCACUGCUUCUGCAAGACUACAGGGCCCAAUCUCAUGGAGGCGCCUAACCCCAGGUGAGGACCAGGUCUGGAUGCUCAGUGAGCAUGUGGGAUCAAAAGGCACCACUGCUGGACUCUCAGUAUACUCCAUCUCCUGUCCAUGUCCCUUAAGAAAAGUUCCUGAGGGCUGGAGAGUUGGCUCAGAGGUUAAGGGCACUGACUGCUUUUCCAGAGGUCCUGAGUUCAAUUCCCAGCAACCACAUGGUGUU